CCUGUGUGUCCCUGCCCCCUCAGGCUGAGGGGAGGUGCUGACGCGGAGCUGCAGCGUGGAAUGAGCCACGUCAGUCAGUGUGUCCCUGGGGCUCCCAGAGUUUCCGUACGGCCGCUGUUUGCUCUCUCUCUCUGACACCUUCCCUCUCUCCAUCUCUCCUACACUCCCCCAGCAGCAGCAUGAUCCUGAUGACCAUGAUCGCCCGGGUGGCGGACGGGCUGCCUCUCGCCGCUUCCAUGCAGGAGAAUGAGCAGUCAGGCCGGAACCUACAGGAGUACCAGAACCAGGCCAAGCAGCUGUUCCGGAAGCUGACGGAACAUUCCCCGACCCGGUGCAGCCUGGAGACAGGAGUCCUGAUGUUUCACUACCUGAUAGACCGGGGCGUUUGCUACCUGGUGCUGUGCGAGGGGAACUACUCCAAAAAGAUGGCCUACGCCUUCCUGGACGAUCUGCAGGUGGAGUUCAGCGAGCUGUACAUCAAAAAGGUCGCGACUGUCUCCAGGCCCUAUGUUUUUAUCGAAUUCGAUACCUACAUCCAGAAGCUGAAGAAGUCCUACAGAGACUCCUGGUCUCGCCGGAAGCUGGGCUCCAUCAACAGCGAGCUCCAUGAUGUCCAGAAGAUCAUGGUGACCAACAUCGAGGAGGUGCUGCAGCGAGGGGAGGCGCUCUCAGCACUCAACACCAAAGCCAGCAACCUGUCUACCCUCUCCAAGAGGUACCAGCAAGAUGCCAAAGAGCUGAACUCCCGGUCACGCUUCACUAAGGUGGCAACUACAGGCAUCUGCCUCUUCAUGGUCAUUCUCUACUUCUGGUGGUUGUGACAGACGGACGGACACGGUGGCGACACGGGAAUCAGGAAGCGCGGACCUUACACCUUGCAAUGUUGCGGAACACUAACCAAACCGUACAGCCGGGCGACUGUGUCGAAACGGACUCUCUAUCGGACCGUCCUGGGCGCUCGUGUCUCUUUUAUUUUGUAGGCGUUUCUCAUCAUUGAGCGGACGGCGGAGGUUGGGAUGACGGGAUAUUGGGGGCUUCUGGACGCACAACACGCCCAAUUUCAUUUGAAAAAAAUAAAACUUGCAUCGAGUGGACCCAGGGCAGGGACAGCACGGGGUUAGAUACAGAGUACAGCUUCCUCGACACAGUUCCCCCAUCAAACACUCCCAGGGCAGGGACAGCACGGGGUUAGAUACACAGUACAGCUCCCUCGACACAGUCCCCCAUCAAAUACUCCCAGGGCAGGGACAGCACGGGGCUAGAUACAGAGUAAAGCUCCCUCUACACUGUCCCCCAUCAAACACUCCCAGGACAGGGACAGCACAGGGUUAGAUACAGAGUGAAGCUCCCUCUACCCUGUCCCCCAUCAAACACUCCCAGGAUCAGGGACAGCACGGGGUUAGAUACAGAAUAUAGCUCCCUCUACGCUGUCCCCCAUCAAACAGUCCCAGGGCAGGGGCAGCACGGGGUGAGAUACAGAGUAAAGCUCCUUCUACGCUGUCCCCCAUCAAACACUCCCAGGGCAGGGGCAGCACGGGGUUAGAUUCCGAGUACAGCUCCCUCUACCCUGUCCCCCAUCAAACACUCCCAGGAUCAGGGACAGCACGGGGUUAGAUACAGAGUAAAGCUCCUUCUACAGUGUCCCCCAUCAAACACUCCCAGGGCAGGGACAGCAUGGGGUUAGAUACAGAGUACAACUCCCUCUACACUGUCCCCAUCAAACACUCCCAGGGCAGGGGGAGCACGGGGUUAGAUUCAGAGUACAGCUCCCUCUACGCUGUCCCCAUCAAACACUCCCAGGGCAGGGGCAGCACAGGGUUAGAUACAGAGUACAGCUCCCUCUACACUGUCCCCAUCAAACUCUCCCAGGGCAGGGUCAGCACGGGGUUAGAUACAGAGUAAAGCUCUCUCUACACAGUCCCCCAUCAAACACUCCCAGGGCAGGGACAGCACGGGGUUGGAUACAGAGUACAGCUCCCUCUACACUGUCCCCAUCAAACACUCCCAGGGCAGGGGCAGCGCAGGGUUAGAUACAGAGUAAAGCUCUCUCUACACAGUCCCCCAUCAAACACUCCCAGGGCAGGGGCAGCACGGGGUUAGAUACAGAGUACAGCUCCCUCUACACUGUCCCCAAACACUCCCAGGGCAGGGGCAGCACGGGGUUAGAUACAGAGUACAGCUCCCUCUACACUGUCCCCCAUCAAACACUCCCAGGGCAGGGAGAGCACCGGGUUUGGUACAGAGUAAAGUUGACUCUACACUGUGCCCCAACAACAGGGCAACACGGGGCGAGCUCUACUGGAGAUUGUGGGGAGAGGCUUGGGGUCCAGGUCAGUCUGGGGCCUGCUCUGCCCUUGUUUCAGGCUGGAGUGUAGAUCUGCUGUGAGUCUGCAGUGCAACUUACACCGGAUUACAAAAGCGGGGACUUUUGUUUUUAUUUGGCAGUUGUUUCGUUGUCUCAUUUCGGACUGGGGCAGACGAACUGAUUCGGGGGACGCGAAGUUGACCUCCCAUACACAGCGCCAGAGCCCUUUCCCUGAUCCCCAGUCCGAUGGGUUGUCAUUUUGAGACUUGGUCAUCAAGAGGAGUCUCAUGAACUCGUGAUUCUUUGUAAUUUUGUUUGGGUCAACCUCCUCACCCACAUCCUGUCAAAUUGAUGCAAAAUACUGCAAAUGCUGAAAGCCUGAAAUUAAAACAGAAAUUGCUGGAGGAACGCAGCAUGUCUGGCAGUGUUUGUAGAGAGAAAGAGACAAUUAACAUUUCAAAUCAAGUUAAUGACUCGAAGUCCAAUGAAGAGUCGUAAUGGAUUUCAAAAGUUAGCUACGUUUCCCUCUCUCUCUCUCUCUCUCUCCAAAGAUACUACAGGGCUGUUUGAACGAGCAUUUUCUGUUACUUUUUAUUUCCGUGUUAAAUCGGAUUUUCUUUUAGAAAAUAAAGAAAUAUUCUGAAAA